UAUCAUUUUUGUUUUAAAUCGUCCUCUGUCCAAGCAUGGACCGAAAAACGAAUGAGAGAAACUAUGACUACCACUCAGUAGCAGGUUGCCACCUGAAGCUGAAUGACCUGAAAGAAGUAGCUCAGGAUUUGGAUAACCGGUACCUGAAGAAAGAAGACAUCCCUCUUUACCCCCAGCCUGAGUUUCAUGUGUCUCACCUGAAACACGACACAAACCGAGCUGGAUUACAGGGCAUCUGGGAGAUGCAGGGCUUUAUGAACCCCUCCAGCAGCUCCCUGCUGUGGUGGAGUCUGGCUGUGGGUCCAAAGGAGGUAAUGUCAGCUGAGAGGAGGCUCCUGGAGACCACCUACCCGGACCGGACCGAGAGGCAGGUCCAGAUGCAGCAGAGCUUCCUGCAGAUGUUUGCUUCCUCCCCUGCCUUCUUGAGCAGCUCCAGACUCGGCUCAUAUCGCUUCACCUUCGGCCUGGAGGAGGUGCUGAGGGCCUACAGCAACCAGUUUUGUGGUGGAGCAGAGCCCGUCAUGCGAGCGCUGAGGACCGACCUGUACAAACAGGAAGUGAUGUACGCUGUAGUGGUCCACGGACCAGCCCAUCAGCAGCUGUACGAUAACCAUCCGUUAUUGACAGACGACCCAGACUCUGUCUGCGCUUACAAAGAUGGCUACUUCGUGUGGAAGUCUGAGGCAAUGUGUGAGACACAUAGAUAUCAGUUGGUUUGUAGAGACGAUGAAAAGCAGAUGGGAGCGGAGUGCUGCUCAGGGUGGCCAGAGUUCUAUGUUUGGGAUAAUUUUGCCGUCGCUCUGCAUGUGGAUGACCAGGUGCUGAAAUUUGAUGUGGACCGACUGAGAGAGAGUCUGACGUUCUGUGACAGAGCAAACACUGUGAUCAAUCGUCUGAGCUUUUUUGAUCGCAUCGAGGAAGCAGAAGAGUUUGUGAGGGUGUUCUGGUCCAACUAUCCUUCAGCACUGAAGAGGUGAGGAUUGUGUUCGAAUUGAUGAUGGAAACGGUGACGGAAACGGUGACUGAAACAUUGACGUGACGGUGAAGAAGACAGAGACGCUCAGGAAUUGAGGGCCCCUUGAAAAUUGAUCACAACGAGCCCUGCAACCAGAGCCUAAACCGACCCUGCACAUCUGAAUUCUGAAGAAACAACACUUAAGGCUUAAAUAAUUGUAGCUUGUGUGAACUGAUGACUUUAUACACUCGGCAAACUAUAAGUAAUUCAUUAAACUAUAUAUAUGUAUAUUUUUCUUUUCUAGUCUUCUGACGACUCAAAGCGCUUUUACACAGCAGGUCACACCUUCAAAUUCACACACUGAUGGUAGAGGCUGCUGCGAAAAGGGUGUUGGGGUUUUGCAGACCUCACACGGGGCACCUACUAUGUUGGGGUUUUAUGUUGUCAAACUUGUUUAUUAAAUUAAUAUAAAUAAUUAGGAUGAAUUAAUUAUUCAUAUAAAUUAACAAAGUUAUUCAUCUGAUCUAAUAAAACGGGACACCCCCCUUAAAUCAGGGAACAAUAACCAAAUAUCACAAAAUCAGACUUGAAUUUAAUAAGUUAUAAACCAAUAUUAUUAAUAUUUAAUCAAUACCUGCAUUUAAAUAAAUGGAAAGCCUGUACAUAUUCACACACACACAUAUCUACACCUCAUUCCAUAGUGUUUGCUUUAGAAUGUUUGGUUUGCUUUGGGGAAUCGAACCCCUGACCUUCGGUUGUGAGACGACCGACUCUAACACUGAGCCACAGCUGCCCACAAGUCCAAGUGCAUUUAGUGUAGAGGCCAGUUUCUCUCUCUGAGCCUUUGAUUAAGCUGUAAAAAGUUGCUAAAUAUCCCGGCUAUAAUAUCUUAAAUAAAGAUAAAAGUGAGUCAAUCCCAGUGUCAUCAAAAGACAUGGACGGCCACAUAGAGCUGAGUAUCAUCAGCAUAGCCGUAGAAAGAGACGCUGUGACUCCUUAAUUCUAAAAGUAACACAAAAAAUUUACAUUCCUCAGCUUUAUUUAGUUCCACAAUGUAUUUAUGCUACACAACAAGAAUCAUGAGGUCAAACAUUUUACUUCCAGCUAGACCCACAUCUGACAAUGCUUAGCUAAGUGCACAUUGCUGUGCAUAAACAAAACAUGUUUACAAAUAAACAGUAUGAACUCCAGGAUAUGUACACGAUGUAGUUAGCAUGCUGCAGCCAUACCCGUCUCAGAAAUGGUGCACUUCAGCUAUACAAGUUCCAGGGUUCACAGCCUCAAACCCCGGAACAUGGAAAACACAGCAAAAGAGCGGGCUCUGCUGGUCUGUUAUAGAACUGCAAACUGAAUGACAACAAACUGUUUGGAGCCAAUAGAAACAUAUCUGAUCAGUUAACAGUCCCUGCUAACUGCAAAAAAAUAUAUAUAUUGUUACAGCGCCCCCUUUAGUUUUUUUGUAGUACUUCCCUUUUAGUUUGAACUUGAAAUGAAGACUUCUUGGUGUGAGUUUGAAUAUAAGCAGAGAUAAAGUUCGAUCUUUGUCUGCAUCUUUCUGUCUGUUUCAUCACGCUUCAUCAUGUUUCCUGAAUGCUGCUAUUAAAACAAGGUUGAUUAUC